CCUAACACCACUAUGGAUGACUAUCCGAUGUAUGGGUUGCUUGUGGGGUUCUCCCUCUGGGGGACCCUCUGGUGUCUCCUCUUUCCUCUGGGGUUCUGGCACGCGAUGACGUGCAGAGUAGAUACCCGGGGUGGUACUUCCACCAAGCCAUAUUCGAAAGAGGAGGAGGAGAAGAUGGCCGCCAUACUGCAGGAGAGGAAGGAGAAGAAGGAGGCCAAGAAGAAGACCUUGAAGGAGGAGCAGGCGGCCAAAUUGAAGAAGAUAGAAGAAGAGAUGGCCAGGGAGAAAGAGAGGCUGAAAAAGGAAGAAGAAGAGAAGCUAAAGGAGGUGGAGGAAGAAGAGGAAGUACCGCCAUUGCAAAGGCAGAGUGGGCAAAACAGUGGCAGCAGCAGUGAUGAGAUGGAGAAGAAGAUUUCGGAGUGGGUCGCCAACUUAUCCCUAGGAGAGGAAGAAGAGGUGAUGAUGUACAUCCCAAAGGAUGACCAAGAGGCUGCCAUGAAGGCUUGGGAUGCAGAGAAAGACCCUCUUAGGCGACAGGCAUUGGAGGACCAGCAGAGGAUGGAGUGGAAACUUGCCAUGAUGAGGGAGAAGAAGAGAAGGGUGGAUGCGGCGAGUGAAGCGGUCAAGGAAUUAGAAGAAGUGCAGAAACUAAGUCUAAAGCUGACCCCUCAGGGGGCGAAGUAUUUCUCCAAGAUAGAUUUGAAGUCCGAAUAUCAUCAGAUAGAGGUGCAUCCUGAUGAUCAGUACAAGACGGCCUUCCGGACUAGAUAUGGGCACUACGAGUUCAUAGUGAUGCCCUUUGGACUAACCAAUGCGCCAGCUACGUUCCAGCGCUGUAUGAACGAUUUGUUUAGGCCGUGGUUAGAUAGAUUUGUUGUAGUUUACUUGGAUGACAUUUUAGUGUUUAGUAAGACCCUUGAAGAGCAUCAGGGUCAUCUCAGGCAGGUCUUGGAGAAGCUGAGGGAAGCUAACUUCAAGAUCAAUGCAAAGAAGUGCGAUUGGGCGAAAACCCAAGUUUUGUACUUAGGCCACGUCUUAGACGGAGACGGCGUCAAGCCAAAGGAUAGCAAGAUCGCAGCGAUUAGAGAUUGGCCCACGCGACGUACGCUGACAGAGUUGCGCUCGUUUCUGGGUUUAGCUAAUUACUACCGGAAGUUCGUGAGGAACUUCUCCACCAUCGUUGCGCCCCUUUGCAGAUUGUUGAGGAAGGAAACUAUCUGGAAGUGGGAUAAGGACUGCACGUCUGCCAUGAAGAAGUUAAAGCAGGCAUUGAUAGGGUAUCCAGUCCUUAAAGUCGUCGACCCGUCCUUGCCCUUUGUCGUCACGACCGAUGCGAGCCAAUACGGCAUAGGUGCAGUGUUGCAGCAAGACGAUGGCAAUGGGUAUAGACCCGUAGAGUUCAUGUCCGCCAGGAUGCCUUCAGAGAAGGUCGCAACAUCUACCUAUGAGAGGGAACUCUACGCUCUCAGGCAAGCGUUGGAUCACUGGAAGCACUACUUGCUUGGGAGGCACUUCAAAGUCUAUUCCGAUCAUGAGACACUGAGAUGGUUAAAGACGCAGGCCAAGAUGACACCUAAACUCACUAGGUGGGCCGCAGAGAUAGACCAAUAUGACUUCGAGCUCAAGCCUGUCAAAGGGAAUUACAACGUAGUCGCGGAUGCUCUGAGUAGGAGGGCAGAUUACUUUGGGGCAAUAGUACACUAUCUUGAUAUAGGAAAGGACCUGCAACAGAAGGUUAGAGAGGCCUAUGUGCAGGACCCUAUCUAUAGUGAACUCUUUAAGAAGGUCAAGGAGGCCCCAGAGACUGAGCCGAACUACCGCACUACUGAAGGGCUGCUCUUUGAGAAGACUAAUGUAUUUGACCGUCUGUGCAUCCCCAAUAGCGAAGAGAUUCGUAGUCUGAUUUUGGGCGAAUGCCAUGACACAGAGGGUCAUUUUGGUUGGCAAAAGACCUUAGCCAAUCUGAUGCGCGCGUAUACCUGGCCAGGGAUGAAGAAUGACUGCGUAGAGUAUGUUCGCAGUUGUAAGGUUUGCCAGCGUAAUAAGAGUCGCACGCGAGCGCCGUUAGGUCUUCUCAGACCCUUACCGAUUCCUGACCAGCCAGGAGACUCAGUGUCCAUAGACUUCAUGGACACCCAAGUCAAGAGUAGGCAUGGCAAGAGCCAAGUCAUGGUCAUAUUUGACCGUUUCACGAUAGACAUAGUCGCUUUACUAGCCAGAACUGGCAAGAACUAAUGGGAGUAUACGGAUCUAAGUUGUUGAUGUCGUCCGACCGUCAUCCAGAGACUAAUGGUCAGACAGAGCAAAUGAACAAGAUCCUACAGC